UGAACGAUCUUUUCAGAAAGUGAAAUUUGGCUUGAAUUGAGGAAAAUUCGACGCCACGCUUCAGCUGUAAUUGUCAGGAACAGCGCCAAAGGACGUGCUAGAAAAUCCAACAGAAGUAUCACACCACAGUUUCUUUAGGAACUACCAUCAAUGCUUGCCUUUCAUAACCGCGGUAACCUGGGGACUAAAGCAUACUACCAAGAUGGCGGCUGUUUUAAUGUUUUCAAACUUCUUGGCUUAGAAUUGAUUGAUCAAGUCGUCGAGUUUCUUUUGCAAAAGUAACGCCAGCACAAUGUAUCAUCCAUCAAGAGGCGGAGUUCGCGGUGGACAAGAUCAGUUUGAUUGGGAAGAUGUAAAGCUCGACAAGCACCGAGAAAGUUACUUGGGUCAUUCGGUUAAGGCUCCUGUAGGAAGGUGGCAAAAGGGAAAAGAUCUACACUGGUAUACAAAAAGUGGUAAAGGAAACUCAGGAAUGUCAAAGCAAGAGGAAAAAGAUGCAGUUAAGCGAAUGGAAGCUGAAGCACUCGCAAUAGCACUAGGGAGAGGACCAAGCAGGAAAGUAGCAAGUGGUGUUUCAAAACAGGAACUGGCUGAAGUAUGUCGCAAGGGUCAAGUGGAACGUGACUCAAUGGACAUUGAAAGGGUUCAAGGCAUGGGAUUUGGAAGCACGAGAGCUUCUCUUGUAGCUGGGCUGUCUGCACCCAUGAAGGAGACACUGAGUGCCACAGGAUCACAACAGGAAAGACAUGCAGAUCCUGCAACACCAAGCAAUACAAAGACAGGAGAAGUUUUAAGGAGUGAAAGAGAAGAAGACCACGCCAGUGAUAAGAUAAAGAGGAAGAAGGAGAAGAAAGAAAAGAAAUCUAAAAAAGAAAAGAAACACAAAAAGAGGAGGCAUGGUGAGAUAGAAAAGAAAAACAAGAAACACCACAGUGAAGAAGCUGAUAAUGAGUAUAAGAAAUCUAAACAUUCAAGGAAAAGAACACAUGAUCAUGAUAAAGUUAAUCAAAAUAAUUCCAAGGGUGAGAGACAUGAUUCAUCCUCAUCAGGUAGUGAUUCAUGUGAUAAAAGAGACAGAUAUUCCAGGAGACGACACGAUUCAUCAGAUGGAGACAUAUCAAGGACAACUACUGCAAGGCACAGAGACAGAGGAGAAGAAAGGCCAGGACGACGUAGACAAAGGCAUGACACUGAGUAAAACAUAUCCUUCUGAUUUAACUACCAAGCUUUUAUUAGGCUCAGCUAGCUAAUCAAUUUAGUAUCAUCUACAGUAUCAAGAAAAACUGCAAUAAAACACCCUUCAAUCCUUAUACCAGUAAACAGGGUUCAAAAUAAUUUUUCAGCUUCUAGCAUGAAUUUGUAAGCUUUUGGCAAGGCUCAUUUUUUUCUUCCCAGCUGUCAAUAUGGUGUACAUAUAGUAUACUUUAAAUUGCUGAAAUAAUUUCAGUAUCAGAAUCUUUAUUUUGA